AUGCUGACAGAGGAAGGCGUUCGGGAAGCCGCUCGGGUGCUAGGCACCGUGGCCUCUGUUGACUUCCCGGAAAGCGCACUCGUGGCUGCAGGACGCCAGGCGACCGAGAGGCAGAGGCAAGGCACCAGGUUGUCUUCAGCCACAGACAGGAAGAUAGCGCGGGCGACGCGUGACUUUGUGGUUCCAAUGACGUGCAACCAGAUGUACGGCUCGAGAUGGAAGACAGCUGAGAAGCCGGAGGACAGGUUUGGAAAGCAAUCCUGUGAUGUCUGCCUCUUCGUUGACCACAUGCACAAGACGAAGACGCCCUACUGUCCUCACCUGCGACUCUGA